GGCAGUCCUACCUAUCUUCAUUCGAUCAUGGCGGUCCUCAACCUCCCCUUCUCGAACCUCACAAUCUUCUCACUUGUUGUCCUGGCAUGGGUCGUGCACUCGACUGUCAGAGCCUACCUCCUAAGGCGAAAAAUGCCGCCUGGUCCUACUGGCAUCCCACUUCUGGGAAAUGUACUACAGAUGCCGACCUCACUUCCUUGGAUUCGUUUUGCUGAGUACACUAAGAAAUAUGGGUAUAUUCACAAGGCAUGCGGAUAUUCAGGUCCUGUCGUAUCGUUCAAUGCUGCCGGCCAUCCUGUGAUUGUCUUGAACGAUCACAAGUCUGCCUUUGAGCUCCUGGAACGUCGUAGCUUGAACUAUAGUCACCGACCGCGCUUCAUCAAGGCCGGAGAACUCCUAUGUGAUAACAUUAUGCUCUCCUUCAUUCCCUAUGGCGAUCUCUUCCGUCGGUGCCGUCGUGUAACUAAAGAAGUAUUCGGGCCCCGAGCAGCAGAGCAGUUCAUACCGAUGCAGGAGAAGGAGUCUACUCGCCUCCUGCGCGACAUACUCUGCAAGCCGGAAAUUUGGGAGGAUAGUCUCAAGAGGUCAACUGCAUCAAAUAUCCUUACUGCAACAUACGGAUGGCCUCGCAUCACUGACGAAUACCUUCCCUUGGUCAAGCGAAUCCACGACCACACUGAGCAUCUUUCCAACGCAUGCAUUCCUGGAUGCAGUAUGGUUGACACCUUCCCUUUCAUAAACCAUUUCCCGUUGUGGAUGUCCAAGUGGAAGCGAGACUGUCUUGCGUGGCAUAAACGUGAGUCUGCAAUGUUUGAAGGUUUCAAUUCGGAAGUAGAGAAGAAAAUGGAGAAGGGAGAGGCUCCAUAUUGCUUUGUAACUGCUCUUGUCGAAGGGGAGAAUAAAAACGAGCUCUCUAAAAAGGAGGGUGCCUGGCUCGCUGGUAUUAUGUUCUCCGCAGGCGCCGAGACGACUUCUGCUUCCCUUCAAAACUUUCUGAUUGCAAUGAUUCAUUACCCUAGAGUAUUGAAAAAGGCGCAACACGAGAUAGACACGGUGAUCGGUCGAGACCGCCUCCCAACAUUUGAAGACAGACCAAAUCUCCCUUAUGUCGGUGCUCUUGUAAGAGAACUACUUCGUUGGAGGCCCGCGGGACCCAUGGGUAUUCCGAGACGCGUUGCUGAGGACGAUUGGUACGAAGGUUACUUCAUUCCUAAAGGCGCAACCGUUAUCUCGAACAUAUGGGCCAUCGACAGAGACCCCGCACUUUACACGGAUCCAGAAGAGUUCAUCCCUGAACGAUUCCUUGAUGAAACUGGGACGAAGCCAGUCAUUCCUGGAGAUACUCACUCUUUAGGUCACAGUUCAUUCGGAUUCGGUAGAAGGACAUGUGUCGGGGUUUAUUUCGCGCAGCAAUCUCUCUUCAUCAACUUUGCCCAAUUCCUGUGGGCUUUCAACAUCGAGAAAGCUCGAGACGCUCAAGGCAAUGAGAUUACCCCGUCUUUGACAGAAGUUAUCGAUGCCGGAGUCACAGUUGGACCUGCGUCAUUCCAAUGCAAGCUUUCUCCUCGUUACCCGGAGGUACUACCUAUGGUUGAAAAAGCUGUCGCUAAUAUACAUCUUUUCGCCAGUUCUACAUGGAUUAUAUUGAUAAACCUUGAAUCCAAAAAAGAAAACGGGUCUAAUAUCAUAAUAGUUAUCCCUCUCAAUGAUCCUGCAGGACAUCGCGCAAGACCCUAUGUCCUACUGUUCAGCGUCAUGGACAAACGUAGCCAUAGCCGAGGCCGAGCUAUUCAUCAAACCAAAGACAGACCGAUCACCAAAAAUGCAAAGAAUUUUUCUGAUGCAGGGGUUGCAAUACACAUGCUCUUGUACUAA